AUGGAGGUCUCACGUUCCUCAUCCAUGCUGCAAAGCAGCGAGAUAGUAGACACGAUCAUGGAGGGCGACGACCAGGAACACCUCUCCAAUGGCCACAUUCAGAACGGUUUCGUGGAUCCUCGAGUUCUUACAACACCCGAAGAUGAUGCUAACGACUCAACACAACCCACCUCACGAGACGAGGGAGACACCUCUUCAGACAUGACAAAGGCUGUCAUAUGUCGGAAACACUUCCUCCCCACAGGCUGCUGCUAUGAUGAUCGAAUGAAACUUCACGCCAAUGCAGACUACUCAUCCAAUCCACAUCACCCGGAAGAUCCUCGACGGAUAGAGGCGAUAAUGAAGGAGUUCAAGGAUGCUGGCCUGAUCUACUCUGGUACCCAAGUUGAACUCAAGGAUGUAUUGAAACAGUCUCCUAAUAGUUGGAUGUGGCGGAUUGCUGCAAGAAAAGCAACUCCCGCUGAAAUCUGCACAGUCCACACCGCUGCGCACUUCGAGUGGGUUAAGUCACUUUCCCUGCUCACUUCAUCACAACUCCGCCAACUCACAAACGAUUUCGACAAUGGUCGGAAGUCAAUAUACGUGGGCAACCUUACCUACGAAGCCGCACUCAUCUCAGCCGGUGGAGCAAUCGAGACCUGCAAGAACGUCGUUGCCGGCCGGGUAAAGAAUGCCAUCGCCGUGAUCCGACCACCAGGACAUCACGCGGAACACAACGAGUCACUCGGUUUCUGUAUCUUCAACAACGUCCCCAUUGCAGCAAGGGUCUGCAUGGCCGACUAUCCAGAAGUCUGCCGAAAGAUUCUUAUUCUUGACUGGGACGUCCACCACGGAAACGGCAUUCAAAAUAUAUUCUAUGAAGAUCCCAAUGUUCUGUACAUAUCCCUUCACGUCUACGCAAACGGCGAGUUCUACCCUGGCCAGCCUGAUGACCCUGAGCUUCCGGAUGGUGGUCUCGAUAAAGUCGGUGUUGGUGCGGGAGUCGGCAGAAAUGUUAAUAUCGGCUGGUCUGAGCAGGGUGUUGGCGAUGGCGAGUAUAUGGCUGCGUUCCAGAGGAUCGUCAUGCCUAUUGCCCAAGAAUUCAACCCUGAUCUCGUUAUCGUUUCAGCUGGAUUCGACGCUGCUGCUGGCGAUGAACUCGGAGGAUGUUGGGUCACACCUGCUUGCUACUCGCAUAUGACACACAUGCUCAUGUCUUUGGCCAACGGCAAAGUAGCUGUUUGUCUCGAGGGUGGAUACAAUCUCCACGCCAUCUCAAGAUCCGCUCUCGCCGUCGCCAAAACCCUCAUGGGGGAGCCACCGGAAAGAAUGACAGUCCCACCACUCAACAAGGAAGCCGCACUAACCCUCGACAUCGUGAAGCGGCAACAGGCACCAUAUUGGGCCUGCAUGCGCCCUGGCGUCGUUCCUCUCCCAGAGUUACAACAACGAGGGACGGACAGAAUGAGUGAUAUGAUGCGAACUGCUCAGAAGAGUAUGCUCGGCGACAGAUACAGCAUGAUCCCGCUGUACGUCCAACGAACCAAAUUGAGCCGAUCAUUCGAUAACCAGGUUCUUGCUACGCCGGAGCUGCAUAAAUGCAGAAAGAUCUUGCUGAUUAUCCAUGAUCCGCCGGAUAUUUUCGCCCAGCCAAACCCGUACGACAACCAGGUCUACGCGCACAACACCUUCGUCAACGACCCUCUCCUCCCGUACAUCGACUGGGCAAUCACCGCCGGCUUCGGAAUAGUAGACGUCAAUAUGCCGCACCACAUCAGCCAACCCACAGACACAGACCCCUUCAUCCCCAAGCCCACCGAAAACGCCUUACAAGAGCAGACCAAAGAGCUGCUUUGCUACCUAUGGGACAACUAUUUCGAAAUCAAUCCCAACUCCUCCAUCACCCUCAUGGGAGUAGGUGACGCAUACCUCGGUAUUAAGCAACUCUUGAUAUCUCGCGACGCCAAGUCCAAAAUUGCCUCUAUCCUCUCCUUCGUAUCCGGCUCCUUGCGGCCCAUCAAAUCAGACAUUGAUCCUUUUUUGUCGACCUGGUACAAGUCCAAUAGUCUUAUUUACGUAAGUCCGGAUCAUGCGUGCUGGACUGAUGAGGAGAGCAAGAGGAAGGUGGCGAGGAGUCGGUUUGGAGGCGUGGAGAAGGCAGAUAUUGAGCCUGGACGGGGUAAGGGGGAGGUGGGGAGGAUGGUGAAGCGAUAUGAACAAGAAUCCGCAGACUGGAUCAGCCGCAAAGUCGAAGAGUGGGAGAGGGAACAGGGUGGUCGGGACGGGGAUCCAGAUGAGACGGAGGAUGAAGCGGAGGCUGAAGCUCGGAGUCUUGCGGAUCAGGGGUUUGGCAUGCAGGGUGUUGUGCAGAGUGUUAGGGUUCCGGUGGUCUAG